AUGUUCCUGCGCCCCUUCAAGAGCGGGCGCAAGAAGACGCCAGUGCAGUGGGAUGCCGUGUGGAUCAACGCCGCUGCGUUCAACCAGUGCACUCGAAGGGCCGAAGCACGGGUGCUGAAGAUGUUGGCGACCACCGCGCAACACAGGGUGCUGGGCACCUCCAGCAGCACGUUGGCCAAGGCCGCCACCGCGCCAUUCAAGGUCACGGCCAUCAGGAGAUCCAGCAAAGGCAUCCGGGCAUCCACAUCAGUCCGUGCCUCCCUGUCCACCAAUGGUAAGCCCACUGUACUGGUGGCGGAGAAGCUCGGAGCUGGUGGCGUGGAGAUGCUGAAGGAAGUGGCGGAUGUGAGGACCGUCCUGAACAUGACCAAGGAGCAGCUGCUGGAGAACAUCAGCACUGUGGAUGCCAUUGUCAUUCGCUCUGCGACCAAGGUGACACGCGAGGUGUUUGAGGCAUCCAAGGGCCGUCUGCGCGUGGUCGGGCGUGCUGGCGUCGGAAUCGACAAUGUUGAUCUCACCGCCGCGAGCGAGACCGGAUGCCUAGUGGUGAACGCCCCCACUGCCAACACGAUUGCCGCCGCUGAGCACGGCAUCUCCCUGCUCACGGCUCUGGCCCGCAACGUGGCCCAGGCCGACGCCUCCAUGAAGGCCGGUGGCUGGGACCGCACUACCUACGUCGGGGUUUCUGUCGUCGGGAAGACGCUGGCCAUCAUCGGCUUCGGGAAGGUUGGCGGCGAGGUGGCUCGCCGCGCCAAGGGCCUGGGCAUGACCGUGAUUGCCUUCGACCCCUACGCAUCCGAGGAGCGCGCCGCCGCAGUCGGCGUGAAGCUGGUUUCCUUUGACGAGGCCCUGGCCACGGGCGAUUUCUUCUCCCUGCACAUGCCGCUGACCCCCACCACCAAGAACCUGUUUGACGACGCGGCUUUCGCCAAGAUCAAGAAGGGAUCCCGCAUCAUCAAUGUCGCUCGCGGCGGCGUCAUCGACGAGGCUGCCCUCGCCAGGGCCCUCGAUGCCAAGCAGGUGGCCGGAGCUGCCCUGGACGUAUUUGCCCAGGAGCCUCCUGCAGCGGACAAUCCGCUGGUGAACCGCAAGGAUGUCAUCUGCACCCCCCACCUGGGCGCUUCCACCAAGGAGGCGCAGGAGGAGGUGUCGUACGAGAUUGCAGAGGCCGUCGUCUCCGCCCUCAACGGUGAGCUGACGAGCAGCGUGGUGAAUGCCCCCAUGGUGCCCCCCGAGGUGCUCAAGGAGCUGGCCCCCUACGUCGGCCUGGCCCAGAGCCUGGGCCAUGCUGCCGUGCAGCUGGUGGACGACCACGGGUUCUCCGAGGUGCACAUCACGUACCACAGCCCCCGCGGAGAUCUGCUGGACUCUCGGCUCCUCCGGGCCAACGUCGUGCGUGGGAUCCUGCAGCAAAUCACCACUUCCCAGGUCAACAUCGUGAACGCCGACCUGCUCGCCAAGAAGCGCGGGGUGCGCAUCGUCGAGACUGUGGUGCCCUCCGAGGGCGCAGCGGUGCUGAACAGCCUGGAGGUGGCCAUCGUCUCCCGCGCCUCCCGCUUCUCCUCCGCCGUCAACGGCCGGGGCCAGAUCAGCGUGUCGGGGGCAGUGAAGAGCGGCAAGCCCUUCCUCACGCAGAUCGGCGACUUUGAUGUCGACUUGGCCACUGAGGGCGAGGUACUGCUGGUGCGCCAGAACGAUCAGCCUGGAAUCAUCGCCACCGUCGCCUCUGAGCUGGCCAAGAAGGAGAUCAACAUCUCCUUCAUGUCCGUGGGGCGCACUGGCCGCGGCGCUGACGCCAUCAUGGCCAUCGGCAUCGACGGCUCCCCCGACAAGGAGCUGCUGGGGGCCAUCAGCUCCGUGCGUGGCGUGCAAGAGACCGCAGCUCUGAGCAACCUCCGUGCGUGA